UUGACUGUUGCAUUUGCAUAUUUUGGAAAAUUAGGAAGUAGACGAUCAGUCUUACAAUGCGCUGGUUCGUGUUACUUUGUCUUGACUCACAACGACAUGGCUGUUCAUCUCCUCUUUCUUCUCCUCCUCACCGGAUUAACAGGAGUUCACAGUGUAACAACAGUCAGUAAAGUGUCAGUGAAGGCUGGAGCUUCAAUCUCUAUCCCAUGUCUCUAUGGCUCACGAUUCAUAAACAAUGUCAAAUAUUUGUGUAAAGGAUAUUAUUGGGACUUCUGCUCUCAUGUAGUUCAAACAAACCAAGGAAAUUCAGGAAAGUUUUCAAUCUCUGAUGACAAAAGCCAAAAUAUCUUCACUGUGACAAUAAAAGAUCUGGUGGAUAAGGACAAAAAUUACUGGUGUAUUGUGGAGGUUAAUGGAGGGUCAGAUGUUGGAGAGUAUUUUCAGCUGUCAGUCACUAAAGGCACACCCAGUCUCUAUGUGGCUAAUCAGACGAUUACAGGAUUUAAAGGAGGCAAAAUAACCAUCAGUUGUCACUAUAGAAACUCUGGAGAAACCAAGUGGUGCAGGCUGGGCAGCUCCUGUGUGACAAAUCCAUCUGGAUCAAUAGAUGAAACAAAAGUGACCGUCAAUGCAAGUGUCCCCAAUGUUUUCACUGUGACUAUGAGUGGACUGAGUGCACAGAGCAGCGGCUGGUAUUUGUGUGUCAGUGGAGACCUGCAGAUGCCAGUACUUGUAACUGUUGAUAAGCAACCAACCACCAACGCACCACCUACAACAACUCAGCGUAACAAAAGUGUUUCAGUUGAUCUUAAGAGCUUCAUCAUCCCUCUGGGUUUGCUGAUCUUCGUGGUAAUGGUGACUUUGUUCAUCUUGUUUAUGCUGAAAAGACAAAAGCAGAGCAAAGACGAAUCAUCGGCCACAGCGACAGCCAAAGAGGAAGUAACGUACAGUGUUGUUAAGAAAAAGAGAAAAACUCCAGCCCAGGCACAAGAGGAUGUAACAUACAGCAAUGUAAAGCACAAGAGAAAAACUCCAGCCCAGGCACACGAGGAAGUAACAUACAUCAAUGUAAAGCAGAAGAGAAAAACUCCAGACGAGAGGUCGGAUGCUAAGAGUGAUGUGGACGUGACGUACAGCUCUGUGGUUAUUGUUGAACAACAAACUAAGGGUUUAAGCAAAAGAGAAAUAAGAAAUCAGUCUGUCAUUGUCUUUCGCUGCUCACUCGCCAUCAUGCCUGCAAUCAGCCUGCAUUUUCUUCUCAUCCUCACUGGACUAACAGGAGUUCACAGUGUAACUACAAUCAGUAAAGUGUCAGUGAAAGCUGGAGCCUCAGUCAUUAUCCCAUGUCUGUACGACAAACGAUACAUAAACCAUGUGAAAGGUUUGUGUAAAGGAUAUUACUGGGACUUCUGCUCAUAUGUAGUUCAAACAAACCAAGGAAAUUCAAGGGUUUCAAUCUCUGAUGACAAAAGCCAAAGAAUCUUCACUGUGACUAUUAAAGAUCUGACGGCUGAGGACACUGAUUACUGGUGUGCUGUGAAGAUUGAUGCAGGGCCCGAUGCCAGUGUGUAUUUUCACCUGUCAGUCACCAGAGGCACACCCAGUCUAUAUGUGGAUCAUCAGACGAUUACAGGAUUUAAAGGAGGCAAAAUAACCAUCAGUUGUCACUAUAGAAACUCUGGAGAAGCCAAGUGGUGCAGGCUGGGCAGCUCCUGUGUGACAAGUCCAUCUGGAUCAAUAGAUGGAGCAACAGUGACCAUCAAUGCAAGUGUCCCCAAUGUUUUCACUGUGACUAUGAGUGGACUGAGUGCACAGAGCAGUGGCUGGUAUUUCUGUGCUAGUGGAGACCUGCAGAUGCCAGUACUUGUAACUGUUGAUAAGCAACCAACCAACGUACCACCCACCACAGUUCAGCAUAGAGAAAGGUCAGAGACCUUUGCAUUUGUAUGCAACUACUGUACAUUGUUGGACUGUUUUAACUAG